ACUGCAAAAACCUUAAAGCCGUUUACUUAGCCGGCCUAAAGCCCUAGAUCCUCUUUUCCAUUCCGGCCUCGGCAGCCGAAACCCUAACCACAUUCCCGAUCACUUUCCGCUGUCCUCCGGUCGCCGCCGCCAUGUCGAUGUCGAAGGGAUCAAAGAUGCUCCAAUACAUCAACUACCGUAUGCGGGUCACCAUCCAGGACGGUCGGAUGCUCGUCGGCAAGUUCAUGGCCUUCGAUCGCCACAUGAACCUUGUCCUCGGAGACUGCGAAGAAUUCCGCAAGCUUCCCCCUGCCAAGGGAUCCAAAAAGGUUGGCGGUGGUCCUCCAGAAGAGCGCGAAGAUCGCCGCACUCUCGGUCUCGUUCUGCUACGUGGUGAGGAAGUCGUAUCCAUGACUGUGGAAGGACCGCCUCCGCCAGACGAAUCCCGUGCAAAGGCAUCCACGGCGUCUGCCCUCGCUGGGCCAGGUAUCGGCAGAGCUGCCGGUCGCGGCAUCCCGACCGCGCCACUCAUCCACGCGCAACCUGGGCUUGCUGGGCCUGUCCGGGGCAUUGGAGGGCCUUCUCCUGGCAUGAUGCAGCCUCAGAUUGCUCGACCUCCUAUGCCUCAGUUAUCUGCGCCCCCUAUUUCUUAUCCACAGGUGCGGCCGCCGCCUCCAGGGCAGAUGCCGGGAUUCCCCGGCCAGCCUCCUCCUUUGGCGCGAGGUCCUCCGCCACCGGUGCAGUUUCCUGGACGGCCUGGAGGGCCUCCACCACAGUACCCUGGGCCACCGCCUCAGUUUGGGCAGAGACCAUUGGGACCUCCACCACCACAGAUGAUGAGGGGAAUGCCACCGCCACCGAGGCCUGGGAUGCCUGCACCACCGCCUCCGAGGCCCGGGAUGCCGCCCCCACCUGGGGGACAGGUGCCAGUUUUUGCCCCUCCUAGACCAGGGAUGCCACCUCCACCACCAAAUCAACAACCUCCCAGUCAAAACCAGUAAUAAGAGCAGCACCUGCUUCUGAUGUUGGAAGAUCAUUGUGAUAAUCAUCUGACGUGCGGCAGCCAUUCUAUUUUACUUUGCAAGUGUUCCACUUUAUGAGAGUUGAAGGAUCUGUGCAGAUAUCUUCUGCGUUGCUACUGUCUUUUGUGGUCUUAAAUGAUAUCAAGUUUUUCUAAUCCUAUUUGGAAUGUUGAAAUGGCACUGUUAGACAUCAUAUUGUAUGAUUAACGGUCUAACAAUAUAUACUUUGUAGAUUUUUUUUAUCUGCUCAGGUUUUUUUUCCUGAUUA